AUGAUGCUGUGAUCUGCUAGUACAGUCUUGUCGAUUCACCGUUGCUGCAGGAUUGUUGUCAUUUUUUCUGUGGCUAGCCUUCAGCGCUAGCAAGCCGCUCGAUUUCUCAGGAACAUACUUCGUUUCAGCAGGAUGUUAGGAUGGAGCGUGGCCCAGUUCUGCCGGACAGCCUGGUGUUGGAGAUCUUCCUGCGUCUGCCCCAUGAUGCCGUGCUCCGAGCAGGUCUGACCUGCAGGCAGUGGCUGGCUGUUUCCAGAGAUGAGUUCCUCUGGAGGGAGCUGUUCUACAGCUACUACCGGAUCCCCCGUUCUGUACCCCGACACCCAGCGGCGGCGUCGUGGUACCGGGAGUUCAGGCGCCUGUUUGACUGUAUCCCCUGUGUGGAGGUUCAGACGCUGAGGGAGCACACUGACCAAGUGCUCCACCUGGCUUUUUCCCACAAGGGUCACCGCUUCUCCUCGUGCUCCAAAGACUGCACUGUUAAGCUGUGGGACACGGAGCGGCUAGACGGUAAUAUCGCGAUGGUGCACAGCUCCAGCAUGCGGCAGUUUAACUGGGGCUACACCCAGUUCUCCCAGUUCAACGCUGACGACACCCUGCUGCUGGUGUCUGGCGUCUACAUGGGCCCGCACCACUCUUCGUCUGGGGAAAUCGCUGUCAUCAGUCUGGAUAACUACACACUGUUGUCGCGUGUAAGGAACAAGCCGUACGAUGUGUUUGGCUGCUGGCUGAAUGAGACCCACCUGAUCUCUGGGAACCUGCACUGGAUCGGCAACAUGACGUCCUGCUCUGUGCUCUGGCUCAACAAAGCCUUCCAGGAUGUUGAAUCGGAGAACGUCAACGUGGUCAAGCGCCUUUUCAAGAUCCAGAACGUCAACGCCAGCACCAUCCGCACGGUGAUGGUGGCCCACUGCCGUCGUCAUGACAACCCGGACUUGCUGCUGGACUACGAGGCCCAGUCCCAGGCCCGGAGGCAGAAGGGGCAGCAGCAGCAGCAGCACCGGCCCCUCCUCUUUGAUCUGGGAACAUCCGGCAGCGAGGAAGACGAGGAUGAAGAGACGGGUGGAGAGGAAGCGAGGCUUCCCGCCCAUCGCUUCUCUCAGCCCUCCAUGUCAGGCCUGGGGCACGUUCUACAGGGUUGUAAAAAUGUCGGGCACACGGAGAUGGCGAUUGAGAGCCAUGUGGCGAAGGUGAUGGGCAGAGCCCACACCAAGGCCCCCGACGCCGCCCUAAUGGAGCCCUCUGAGCCUGGAGAGGGAGAGGACAAAACAUACCUACUCUUCACCACCGGCAGCCUUACUUACUCCCCUCACCAGAUAGGUAUUAAGCGGAUCAAGCCCGACCAGAUGACCACUUGUGGUCCUGUACUUGGGGAAGAGCGUAGUUCAGAUGAGUUCUUUGAUUCCUUAGACCAUGUGAUUGAUAUCCAUGGCCACAUCAUUGGGAUGGGCCUUUCUCCAGACCACAGGUACCUUUAUGUCAAUAGUCGUGCCUGGCCAGCCGGGUGUGUGAUUUCUGACCCCAUGUCACCCCCUCCCAUCGCUGAGGAGAUCGACCUGCAUGUCAUUGACCUGAAGAGUUUGAGGGAGGAGAGGAGGAGCUUGCGCGCUCACCGAGCCUUCACGCCUAACGAUGAGUGCUUCUUCAUCUUCCUCGACGUCAGCAGAGACUUCGUCGCCAGCGGAGCCGAGGACAAGCACGGCUACAUCUGGGACCGCCAUUACAACAUCUGUCUGGCGCGUCUGGCCCACGACGACGUGGUGAACUCGGUCGCGUUCAGCCCCGCCGACCAGGAGCUGCUGCUGUCCGCCAGCGACGACUCCACCAUCAAGGUCUGGCGCUCGCCACGCAUGGUCCGCCUGGCGCAGGCCCCCGGCCGCCCGCCGCGGCCCCGCAGCUUCCUGCCGUCCUGGCUGAACCGCGGCAAGAACUCGGCGCCCUCGAGCGGCGUGAACGGGAAACCACAAGCCGGGGCGGGAAACACCGGGACGGAGCAGGGGGAGGAGGUUUGACCCUCUUCCAAUGUGGUGGGAAUAUAUAUAUAUAUAUAUAUAUAUAGAUAAAAAUAUAUAUAUAAAUAUGUGUACAGUGUGGUUACAGUCAGUGAUUUUCUUCGCCCAGCAGCGCUAAGUGUCUUUGGCUAACGAGGAGGCGGGGACUCGGGGGGCCCGACACAGGAGAGCGCGGUCACACCAGCAAAGGAGAGACACACGCCCCCCCAGUCUGUGUUGUUCUGUUGAGGGGAUCGAGAUUAAAUGUUCUCACACGUAGAGAUCGUGUUGAGCGGACACCUCAAUGCACAAGACAGAAGGCCAGAUGUGUUACAAAGGUGUUUGUUUUGUUUUUUUAUCUGUAACCAUGGCUACGAACAGGUCAGGACUCCUGCGCCGGAGGGGUCAAUGUACGUAGAGUCCUGCAGAGGGAAAACUCAUCAGCGCCGGUGUCAUGUGCUGUAACUCCGAAUUACUUUCACUUAUUAAUGGAUUUGUCCAAUUGAUUUAUUGAGUGUAAACACCCUAGAACAAAUUUUUAAAAUUAUUUUUCAGAUAAUGAAAAGACUAUUUGAAACCAAACGGGAAGACGACCUUUAGCUGCUUUUACUGCUGUCGGCCUCGGUUCAUAAUUCUGUCCCCUCCCAGAAAUGAUGGAUCACUCUGUUCAAAGUUGAAUCAUUGAGUAACUAAAUGUAGUGGAUGUAAUGUAGAGUCGAUGGGUAACAGUUAGCAAGACGUUCUCUGCGUAGCAAAUAGUGGUACAACGGAUCCGAUCACAGACAGAGUGGAAACCAUCAAACCGUCUACAUGUUUAUUAGGUUACAGUCAUUUGUAGUUGUUUUUUUUCAUAAAGGUACACAACUCAGUUCACAAUUUAGCGCAAUCAGAGAUCAGCGCCUAGAAAAGCCUAAACGCUGAUUUCCUGAUCGCACAUUUGACUCAUUCAGUUGAACUUUAUUUCACACUGUGAUGGUUAACAUUAAACUGUGUAAUUAAUACGCGGCCCACAUUUCUGCCGAACCAUGAGGGGGGGGGGGGUGCGUUACGGACCAGGGAUUGACAACGAUCCGUUACACCACUAGUAGCUUAUCGUUAUUUGGGCUUCUGUUAUGUGGAAAUGUAUUUAUACACUUCUUUUUAUUUCCCCUUUUAUUUUGUCAAAGGAUUCUCUGAGGCAACAGAUAAAUCUCUGUGUGUGUGUGUGUUUUAUUAAAAAACAUUUUUCCAUCAUCGAGUGUGAGGGGCCUGAAUAUACACCGAGUACGACUAUAACAAUUUCAACUGGUCAUUCUGUUGGAAAAACGGAUUUAUAAACAAAGAAGAAUAAAGAAAAAUAUAAAUUUGCGAGACUUUUCAAGUCAUCGAUCAAUUUUUUGUACAACUUAAAGGAUACAUUUGCUGCUGUUGGAUUAAUUUCAAAGGCCAAAUACUAGUGGUUGAAUACAUGAAGUGUCCGUCCAGAUGAAUAUCAGGUAGUAGGACGGAGACAUGGAGAUGAAUAGAAAAAAAAGAUCCAGCCUCCUACUCAAAACAUUUUCGUUUUUCAUUUGUUUUUAAAUGUGUCUACACGACCCUUGUUACCGCUUCACUUCCCCACGUACCUUCAUCUUCUCCAUUGGCGGAAGGAAUGGUACCAGACAAAAGCAAAACAAAAAUGAAUCAUGACACUGGUUUUUCAGAUUAGCUCGAGGUUCAGGUACUUGUGUAGAUAUUUGAACAAUCGCUUUUGAAGGAAUUCUGGUUCUGAUUAUUUAAAAUAUUUAUUUACCUGGUCAAAGUUGACUGGUUUGUAUUUUCAUGUGGAAUCUUCAGCCUGUGUGAAUUAUUCACUUCAUCAUCAUCGCAUUCUUACCAACAGCAGAAGGAAAAUGUUCCAUGUUUGAGUGUCAUAAGUCGUGAACUGCUGUAGCUCCAUUUCUUCAAUCAUGUUUCUUGUCUUCUCAAGUCUUUUUCAAUCUGCCUUGAAAUAAACAGCAUGCCCUGAAGGGCAGGACAUCUG